AUGGACGGGGUAUGUCUAUCACCCACAACCGGUACGGCUUCUCAAAUUUUUGCAAAUACUCUACAAUUUUUCGCUAGUGCACAAUGUCUCAUUACAGAAAACUGGCCUCCAGACGCAGAGAUCCCAAACUAUGCAAUGUUUGAUUUUAUAAUAGUGGGGGCAGGUUCGGCCGGAUGUGUACUAGCUAAUCGUCUCAGUGAAAUAGAAAACUGGAAGAUACUUCUCAUAGAAGCAGGAGAUGAUCCACCAGUUGAAAGUAUUAUACCUGCAUUGGUCGUCGGUAUGUUGGAUACAAAAUAUGACUGGCAAUAUUAUACUGUCAAGAAUAAUCGAACAAGCAAAGCAAGUGUUAAUGAAACUACUUACUGGCCAAGAGGGAAAAUGCUCGGAGGCAGUAGCGGAAUGAAUGGUAUGUUGUACGUCCAUGGAAAUGACUAUGAUUACAAAUUAUGGUACGAUCAAGGAAAUAAAGAAUGGCACCCAAAUAUUGUACGUCGAUAUUUUAAGAAAGCCGAGAAACUACAAGCUCAGGACUUAUUAAGAGAUACAAGAAUUGCAGAAAACUAUGGACGGCAUGGACCAUUAAAUAUAGAUAUCUUCAACAGUACAAUUAGGACUAUCACUGAAAAUAUCGUUGGUUCUUGGGAUGAAAUUGGUAUUAGAAAAGUUCCAGAUUUAAAUACGGCAAAUGUUUUAGGCUCAGGCAUAAUGACAGUAACCGUUUCAAAUGGUCAGCGUGUUAGUGCUGCUUCAGCAUAUCUCAAUACUGCACGCAAUAGACCUAACCUUCACGUAUUAAAGAAUAGUUUUGUUACUAAAAUCUUGCUAUCGAAUGGUAAGACAAAAAAGGCGUAUGGUGUAGAAGUAGACCGAAAUGGGAAUACAAUGACAUUUUUGGCUAACAUUGAAGUAAUUGUUAGUGCUGGGACAAUAAAUACACCCCAGUUAUUAAUGCUGUCCGGAAUGGGGCCGGAGGAACAUUUAAAUUCAAAAGACAUUCGGUGUAAAGUAAAUUUACCUAGUGUUGGAAAACAUUUGCAAGAUCACCUUUUAGUACCUGUUACAAUUUAUGGAGACCAACCAGGUGAAACUGAUACAAUAAAACAAUAUUUCGAAACUAUACAAUACCUUUACGAAAGAAAGGGUUAUUUGGGCGAAAGUAUUUUAACAGAUGCGUUAGCGUUUUAUUCCUUGGAAAAUAAUGCCAGCUAUCCAUUGUUUCAAAGUCACGUUUUUAUAUUUUCAAAGAACUCAUCAAAUGUGCCAAUAUUUUUAAAUGCAGUUGCAAGAUACAAACGUGUUGUGACAGAGUCCGUGCUUGAAAAUGCUCAAAAUCAUUCUUUGUAUUACUUUCUGUUCAGUAUCUUGCAUCCAAAGUCAAGAGGAGAUAUUUUUUUAAAAUCAUCUGACCCAAAAGAACACCCAUUAAUUAAUGCAAAUUAUUUUAAUGACCCAUUGGACUUGGAAGCGGCAGUUCGCGGAAUAAAGAAGAUAACUAAAUUAGUAAACACUGAAUACUUUAAAUCUAUUGGUGGAUAUCUGGGAAGAAUGCGAUGGCCUGAAUGCGACAACUAUGAACUGGACAGCUUAGAUUAUUGGAAAUGCAUUUGUGUAGACAUGGUAACUACCACUUACCAUCCUGUUGGCACUGCCAGAAUGGGACCAAAUCCUAACACGUCUGUAGUUGACAGCCGACUUAGGGUACAUGGCGUAGAAAAUUUAAGAGUAAUAGACGCCAGUGUAAUGCCAAACAUAACUAGCGGUAAUACUAACGGUCCGGUCAUUAUGAUUGCUGAAAGAGGAAGCGAUAUAAUUAAAGAAGACUAUAGCAUUACAUGUAACAUAUAACAACAUCAGUUUUUACUAUUUUUGGUAAAUCUACUCCAACUUUUCAAUCACAUUUUGGUUGCU